UGAUCAAAAUCUGCUCUGCGGCAAUAGCCGUUUAUUUAACCUAACGAUAAGGUGCACGCGCGUGCACAUUUAUUUAAGUAGCUAGUUGUAAUUAAUAACUAAGUGAAUACUUAAAGCUAAAGACCUAUACUAAAGUGGUCGAUAUUUAAGUAGUAUCUAUCGUAGGUCUUGUAUGCGUCUUCUUCCAGCUGUUCUCAAGUGGCGUUUGCUGGCUUCGUACGGAGAAUUGGCUGACGUGAUUGAAAGAUGCCUUCGUCCAUCCAGGCUUCGGAAUCUUGUCAUGAGAUGCAGACAAGAACUUGCAUGAAUGACAAAACUGACCCGGAAGGUUAUUUGGACUUGUGGCUUAGUUCAAGUUUUCCUGUUCUAUGCAACUUGCUUGACCAAAUAACGGAAGAUUCUGAGCCAUCGGCAGGAUUGAACGGUUCGAACAACGCCGCGAACGCAUUGAAGGAUCUGUUCGGCAAAGAAAAUGUGACGGAGAGAAGGAUACAAACUUUUCCAGAAGUAGGCAUCACGGUACCGCGUUAUAAACCCGAAGAUAAAUUCGUCUCCACAGAAAAAUGUCAAGAAAUGGAAGUUUCCGUUGUUCCUCCAGAUUCUCUGCACUCUUCUAAAUUGGAAGAGCAAAUGCCUCUUGCUCAUAAUUUGGUAGAGCAAGAGUUUAGCUAUGCUGAGUAUCAUGAGCACGAACAUUCCUGUCGCAGCGGGCUGGUGCAACUAUGUUCUGGGCCUAAAGUAUCAAUUUUUCGUACGAUAGACAAUAAAGUGAGGGAAAUGGACGCCAUAAUCAAAAACCCUGCUUUGAUGUUGGGGGCAACGAUACUAGAAACCUGCACCUUGAAUCUUCCCGGUCCAUACACCCUCAAUAGGCCAGUGAGGAACGUUAAAUUAGAAUCCAACAGAUACACUUUAGACGUUCUUGGUCUCUUCAUCUUGCUAGUAGACACGAUUCUUGCUGCGAAUGCAGUAGCACACGUGAUGUACAAAGGCGCUUCAGUACCUUUGGAAUUUUCACAAGAUAUUGUGAAGAUAGUGUCAGCCAUUCAAUCGGGUUUUCCAAAAAUAUUUUCAGAGCUGCAGAAGCUUGUCAUGUAUUCAACUGUGACUUCAAUCCUCCGAAAAGCCCCUUUCAAGUGGAACAAAUGCAUGAUAUACGUAUUGGAAGAUUUAAUAAUUCAUCCACUAAAACCAUCAUUCGGUAACUCCAUUGAAUUGGAGUUCCUCGCAAUGAUACUACAGAAACGUGCUAAGAAUUUAUUGAAGUUAUUCUCGUCAGAAAAAUUUUCCUGUAUAUUCAACUCGACACAACAUCGCACGGUCAUCCAGCGACUCUGCCAUCAGCCUCCGACGGAGGACGCGGCGAGCUUCAUGAAGAUUUCGGCGAUGAACUGCUUGGAGGGCCAUCGGGUGAAACCAAUUAGGUUUGAGGUCAAGGAUAAGUUGGUUGAGACGUACUUGCGAGAUAUAUUUGUUUCGUACAAAGAUUUUUAACAUGUAUUUUAAUAACUGCGGCUUAAUUUUAUAUUAUGAACAUGAAUUUAAAUGAAAUUUAUAACCG